UUUCUGGCAGGGCUACGUGGAUUCCUGAAAAGGACACGUCGAGCGUUUCUAGGAGCUGGCAGGUCAAUAUAACGUUCGGUAGUUUCACCGCAGUUACACAGAGGAAGAAAAAUUGUCUGUUAUGUGUGUAACGCUUUAUCCUAAGUGUUUAUUCUGCCUCCUUUGCUGCCUGGCGCCCUGAAUUUGCUGCUUCACGUGCUCCUAGGACGUUUUUGUCUUAUUUACCUUCCAGGACGCGGCUCGUGGGCUGCCUUCUCGGAAUGCCGUCCAGUUAUCUUAGGAACGGUGGCCGCGAGGGGUCAGCGCGAGAACGGAGCGCAGUGGGCGUGAAAGCGGCGGUGGGGAGUUUUUUGGUUUUUUUUUGGUCCGAGACCCCCGGACGGGACGAGACAGGGCUGGAACCACAGGCAAGAUGGAGACCUUGUACCGGGUGCCGUUCGCGGUGCUGGAGUGUCCGAACAUCAAGCUGAAGCGUCCAAGCUGGGUCCACAUGCCUUCGGCCAUGACCGUCUAUGCCUUGGUGGUGGUUUCCUAUUUCCUCAUCACGGGAGGAAUAAUUUAUGAUGUGAUUGUUGAACCUCCCAGUGUUGGCUCAAUGACAGAUGAACAUGGACAUCAGAGGCCUGUGGCGUUCUUAGCUUACAGAGUAAAUGGACAGUACAUUAUGGAAGGGCUUGCUUCCAGCUUCCUCUUCACAAUGGGAGGCCUUGGCUUUAUAAUUCUUGAUCGUUCCAACGCACCCAAUAUCCCAAAGCUGAAUAGAUUUCUGCUGCUUUUCAUUGGAUUCGUCAGUGUCCUGUUAAGUUUCUUUAUGGCCAGAGUGUUUAUGCGUAUGAAACUACCUGGCUACUUGAUGGGUUAGCAUCGUUUUGUGACUCCCAGAAAGCACAGGUUGGAUUUGCUUCUCUCCAUGAAGAGAACAACACAGCAAAAUGUCUACAGUCCCAAAGUCCUGCCUGAAGAGACAAGGAAAGGACGGCUUUCACAUUUUCUCCUUGUAUGAAUAACAAUGUUUGUUAUAUGCAGUAGGUUUGUUAACAGAUUUGUGUCUAUUUUUCUUUACUAUAAAAAAAGGAAACAAUUUAUUCCGAAGUGUUACCUUAGCAUAAGUGUAAUUAAGCCCCUAAAGUAAAACGAUUGCUUUUCAAUUCUGGUUCCUCUUCUGUGGUUAAAGGUAAACUUAAUAGUUCUAUACUGUCUUAUAACACCAUGGCUUCUUUUGUCUCUUCACAAGAAAACCAAGGGAGGAGGGAUUUAAAACAUUUCCAUGGUUAUAAAAAGAAAGAAGGGCUUGUCAGUACAGUAGACCCAUGAUAUCCACAGGGAUUGGUUCCAAGCCCUCACCCCUUCAGAUGCUGGAAAACAUGAAUGUAUCGAAUGCUGUACAUUGCAUGUUCUCUAGCAGCCUCUAGUGGCCAGUUCAGGUAAAUACACCCUGGAAAUAUGUAUUUCUGAGAUUUUUUAAUUUAGUAUUUGUAGGCAGCGGAUAAAUGAAUCUGUGGAUACUGAUUCUGCAGAUAGGAGGUUCCUACUGUAAUUGCUGUUAAGCACAAGGGCCCUCUUUCAGCAAACUGACAUAAAAGAUCUAUUUGACUGAAUAAGCCAAUCAUUUGGCAGUGCUAAUAGUAUAUUCAGAAAAUGGGCCGAGUUAGAGGAGAAUACCUGGAGUAGAAUUCCUACGUCUCUUUCCCAGUCACUUACAAAUGAAUGGUGCUUUAGUAUGGAGUGUCUCAAGUGAUGCACAUGAUGUGAAGGAACACUACUAAUGUCAGCUUGGCUGCUGAGUGAGGUAUUUCACUUUCCACACAAGACUUUUGCAAAAGCAGUAGAUCUGUUAUUGCACACAGACUCCAUGUUGGAGCCUGUCAAAGCAAGUCUUGGACAGCAGUACCUUGAACAUUCAUGUGAGUAAAUAAAGAGAGGCACAUGUGCAAAAGGAAACCCAAUAUGUCAAAGUAGUUCUUCCUUUUUUAAAAAAAAAAUUAAGAGAUACUGUAUAUUAAACAUCUUUUCUAUUAAACUAC